UGUUCUCUCUGUCUUCUUUUAUAGCAGAAGAACAAGGACAUGGACUUCUCAGAGGGUGAAAUUGCACUUGACCCAGAUUAUGCAGAUUAUUAUAAUGAUAACCUGGAAGAACCUUGUUCUUACCAGAACAACCACAGGCUGGAGCAGGUGGUCGGUCCGUACGUCCACUCCAUCAUCUGCAUCCUGGGCUUCAUUGGGAACAGCCUGGUGAUCAUCACCUAUGCCUUCUACAAAAGGACCAAGUCCAUGACUGAUGUCUACCUGCUCAACGUGGCCAUUGCAGACCUGCUGUUUGCAGCGGUUCUUCCUCUCAUCGUCUACAACGAGCUGACAUCGUGGUCGAUGGGGCCGGUGGCCUGUAAGCUGCUGCGUGGCUCCUACAGCGUGAACGCCAUCGUCCAGGCCCGUCGCAGCUUCAGACUGCGCUCGCUGCCCUACAGCCGGGUCAUCUGCGCCGUCGUCUGGAUCUUUGCCAUUCUGCUGUCCGUCCCCACCUUCUACUUCUACAACUGGUACGAGCCGUCCCACAUCAGCAACACCCCCAUGUUUGAUGGAGAGGGGACCAAUCUGACCAACUUCUGGGACAUCUUCAUGCUGGGUGGACAGGAGAAUCAGACUUCCAGGACUCCACAGUACGUCUGUGAGUUCAGGUUCGAGAGCAACAGUACUGCCUGGAGUGCCAAAGUGGCCAUCCCCAGCACCCAGCUGGCCGUGGGCUUCUUUCUGCCGCUGCUCAUCAUGAUCUCCUGCUACACCGCCGUCAUCAUCACGCUGCUUAGAGCCAGGAACUUCCAGAGGCACAAGGCGGUGCGGGUGGUGCUGGCUGUGGUGUUGGUGUUCAUCGCCUGCCACCUGCCCUACAAUAUCACACUGCUUUAUGACACCGUCAACAUGUUCCAGCAGGGGGAGUGUGAAGUGUUGGACAACCUGCAGGUAGCCAAGACGGCGACACAGACCAUCGCCUACCUGCACUGCUGCCUGAACCCGGUACUGUACGCCUUCGUCGGGGUGAAGUUCAGGAACCACUUCAGAAGGAUCAUGCAGGAGCUGUGGUGUCUGGAGAAGAGGUACAUCGCCCCACGCCGCUUCUCCAGGGUCACCUCCGAGAUCUACAUGUCCACUCGCCGCUCGGUGGAUGGAUCCAGUGAGAACGGCUCGUCUUUCACCAUGUGAAGACGUCUGCUGGGUUCAUCUGUGGAGCUGAUUGUUGUGGACCAGAAACUUCCUGUUAAAUCCAAAUAACACAGGAGCUCGAGGUCUGCAGGUCUCUGAGAGUCCAAACUGGACUCAAGUCUGUAAAACAUUUAGUGAUGUUGUGUUGCUUCAAGCUGUGGUUCUCAGGGAGUCACAGGAUAAAUCGCAGGGUUAUCAGAUGAUAAUAUCCCCAAGCUACAUCUCAGUCUUACAUGCAGCUUACUAACCUCCUCCCUUUACCUGACCAAAGCCACAACAUGUUGUCAGUCCUAGACGCCAUCUUUUGAUUCGGCCAUCUUGGUUGUAGUUCCCUUAUUUAAACCACGUAGCUUAAAACAAAGGGUCCAUCUUAAAU